AUGCGCAAACGAAUGGCCCGGGCGUUCGGGAUCGAGAGAUUGAAGCGAUCGCAUCGCAGGUCCGAGCCCGCGAUCGUCGACUCCACCAAUCUGCCGGAACGCAAAAUCUCCAAUUUCUCGCUCAAAUCAUUCGCAUCAAAACGGUAAUUUUUUCCAUACUUGCAUGCUAUUGAAUUUUAGAGCAAUUAAAUUUCAAAAAUAUGACGAAUUGUAAAAUUUUUCUUAAACCAGCAUUAACUGUUAACACUAAACUGCAACUUAAAUCUAAAAAAAAUUAACGGAUUCGUCUAAAAAGUAAAUUUUAAAUGUACGUUUUUUAAUAAAAUUGCCAUUAAAAAGUGCUUUGUAAAUAACUAUAAAAUUGAACACAUUAAAAUUACAAGUUAGGUUAUCCACGAGUAUGACACAUAGAUAACGAAAAAAUAUCACUGUUCGGGGACAAAGGAAACUUAUAAAAGCAAUUUAGAAAGCCUUACAAACAGAACCCCUCAACAGUUCAUCACUUUUUGCUCUUUCUUUAAAAAAUGUUUGCUUUUAACGUUGCGACACAUAUCGAUUAAUACCAAAUGUCACAGAAAUCCAGGUUAUUAUGUUUUGUGUUACAGUUGUUUAGUUUUCAAGAAGUAUUUUCAUAAUUUUAUUAAUUUUGAUCAAAUCUGGGCCUUAUUUCUGGCCAAUUAUUCCAAAUAUAGCGAAAUAUCACAAAAAUGAUCGAUUACGACGAAGUGUCAAAAAACUUCUUUUUCGUUUUUCUUUCGAAAAGACUAUUUUGUUUUUCUUCUAGCUUUUUCAGAAGUUUGAUGCCAAAACAAAUGGAAUCGGUUCCGAAGAAUCGAAAAGAUGAUUUGGAAGUAAAUUUUUCUUUUCAUCUCUAUCUUAUGGGUAAUAUAAUUUCAUCUCUAUCUCUUGGGUAAUAUUGAUAUUUCUAGUUUCUUGUUUUUAGAUCCAAACCAAUUGUUAUUGCUGAGUUGAAAACAAAAUCUCAGAUAUCCCUUUAAAAAUAAAAUAGGUUCGUGAAAUUAAUACAUUACAAUUCCUCAACGCGAAUGCUUAAAAGCACACUAGUUUUAUGUUGCCAUUUGGGGAGACGACUGAAGUUUUUUGGGCCUCAUAAAUCUUAUAUUGACUGCGAGUCUCAAAACAAGUAUGAAAACGAAAUUAUAAAUGCUUUGAAAACGUUUUAGGAUUAUGGUGAACCAGUGUCUUGAAUAAAAUAUGGUCUUUUUUUAAUUUUUUAGAGAAAAGACUAUUACCCUUAAAAAAAUUAAGUGAUAGUUUGUUUAGUAGCACAAAAGUUAAUUAAAUUUUUAUAGUAUGUGCACCAACAACUAUCAAAGUCGAGUUUUUAAAAGUAACAUUGUCUUUUGGAGGGAUUAGCAAACACUUUGCAAAUUUGGUUGACCUUUAAAGCUGUAAAGGACGUUCUUUGACGUAAAAGCGGGCCAAUUUAUAAAACGAUACUUUAAGCGGGCGUUGGCAUGUUAAUAUCUAAUUUUGCCAGUUUUAAUGCCAGGUAUUGUUAUUGAAGAAGCUAAAAAAGUUUAAAAAACUUAAAGCGUUUGUUAUUUAGUUUAUUUUAAAGUUUUUUAGUAAGUUAUAAUAUAUAUGUAGCUAAGUUCAAAUCUUCAACUAUGAACCCAUAAAAACCUGUAAAUCUUUUGUGCCAUGCUUAAUUUAAUCUGUUAGUAGCACUUUGUCGAGUUAAAACGCAUUCUGGGUUAUUUGCUGGACGGCGAAGAAAGCAUCAGCUAAACAGGAAACGCCACACUUUGACGGCCAUUGCCGUCAUGACUCGUGGAACGCCGAGAGCUACUUUUUUGGGUUUUUUCAGUAGAUACUACGCUAUUUUUUAUGGGCAGAUAUGUUCAAAAGGUUAAAUAUUAAGAAGGGAGACUUUAAAUUGAAACGAACAAGAAUCUGGAGUUAAAAGAACGGAAAUUUUGUUUCAGUUAAAGGAUAUUCGGGGCCGAAUAUGAAAGUAAAUUAUAAGUGCAGACUUUUUUGCGAUACAAGGUUUUAAGUAUAAUUUAAUCUAAAAACUGUCAAUGACUAGUGAUGAUAACGAACAAAUUUUCUUAUAGAUUUUUAUUAUACUUAUUUAUAUGCCAGCAUUUUUGUUAGAUGUUUACUUCUAUUUAUAAUGUGUUUAUGCAGAGCUUAGAACAAUUAUUCGACAAGAGAAUGUCAAAAACAUGUUGGGACAUUCCAACUCGCCGCAGGGCAUGUGCAGUGGAACGGGGAGAAUAGAGGGAUGGACACGCUUUUUUACAUCUCUUUUCGAAUUGACUUUCCAGAAAAUUAUUUUGGUUUUUCUUAAACUAGGAAAAUAAGUGUUUGCGUAUGAACCGGUGAUGGGCUCAAUAUAAAGAAGUAUUGCUUUUGUGUUAUUAACGGUUAAAUUUAGUACGUUUGGGGUUUACAAGUUUCUGUGUUAAUUUACACGAUGGCGUUUAAUUGAAUAGAAAUGAUUUUAAAAAUUUUCAUGGUAUUCUUGAAUUGCGUAAUAUUAAAAAAUAUAUUAUUUUAGUAAAAAUACUAUUAUACAUUAAGCUGAUAGUAAAACUGUUUUCAAACUAAAAUUCGCGUUUUAUUUGCAAUUGAACCACGACUGAAAUGGGUUUUUUUCAAUCACGUAUUCUGUUCAAAAAUACUUUUUUUAAUCCCGAGCGUUAUUUUGGUAUUUUUUUCCCCACUUUACUAUCAAUCUAUCAAAAUUUGUUCGAAAUAUUGCGCCAAGCUGGAGUGGGUUGGCCAGAAAAUUGACCAUUCCGUGAGGCUUUUGGCUAAACGAAUGCGUCAAAAGCGACGAAAAAGGUUUUCAACCAAAAAGCGGCCACAUUUCUGGACCAAACGCAAAUCAAAGCUCAGGUAACAUGUUUUACUUCGCUUGCUGUGUAAACAUCACGUGUGGAUACGGAGGGUUACGUGUGUGUAUGUAAAAGGGAUGGGACUAGGUGUGAUGUGUAAGAAUGUUUUGGGUGUUAAUAGGAUUUUAUUAGAGAUAAGAGUAAAUUUUAAAGUACAUAAUAUGCGCUACGGCACUAAAAAUCACUUUUAAUUUGUAAUUCAGCUACCUAAAUUUUCAAAAGUUAGCUGAAUAGAAUCGGGCAAUAGUCAAUGUGCUAAACAAACAAAAAAUAAUUAAUUAGGGAUUGGAAACAAGAUAAUUUUAUUCUUACUUACAAUUCUUAAUAAUACGAUUGUUAAUUUAAGAUUAUGCGGUGCGUAUUAUAUUUUUUUCAGCUUUUAAAUUUAAACUUUCCAAAAAUAAAUGCAUCUUUCAAAGAAAAUACUUAACGUUGUUAAACGUUGUAGGCUAGAUGACAUUAAUUACUAGGUUCAACAGGUGAAAUUGGCUUUUUUAUAAACACGCAAUUAUUCCUUUACAUUACAUCUCUGUUGUGAAAAUUUCAAGCAAAAUAUCUUCUUUUAUUUUUUGAGGUAGCUUUGUUAGGAGUACAAACUAUUAAUUAUUAUACUUGGGUCAAACGCUAAUUAGAUAUACAGUAAGCAAUUUACGUUUACUUUAAUAAGAACGACAGUCAUACAUGUAUUGCUCAUUAUAUAUUAAUAUCCUGAUGGUAUAACGUCAGUUGUCGUUUUUAAUCAAGGUGUUAUGGUGCAUUUUUUGCAAGAUUUACGUUGUAACUAAAUAUAUUUUUUCUUUUGAUACAUUUGAUAAAAAGUAGUCGUAAAUUCUAUAUAUAGUAAUAUUUUAUAUAUAAUAAAUUUUAAAUUUGGUUUCAAAAGCUGAUAAAUGGUGAUUUUUUUUAUCAAUUCUGCUUUUCUUGCCUUUAUCACAUAUUUUGGGGUCAUGUCUUCUCUUUAAAAAUAGUUGUUUUGAUAAUCUAAAAAUAUUUUUUAGCUUUUCGUGGUCUAAAUAUCAUGUAUUCAGGCAGGCAAUUGAGUAAAUAACAUAUUUUAGGUCUCAAAAGUCUAACAAACAACGACACGAGGAUAAUAUCGAUAAUUCAGUAGGAUCAGCGAGGAAUUCAAUCUAUUCCGAGCGUGUUACAGCUCUAACCGGUAUGUUUUUUGUUGAUCUUAGGUUGAUGUUUGAGUAUGAAUCGUAAUCUUUUUAAUGGAAAUAAUUUGCGGGUAGUUGUUGUAACGCUUUUGUUGAUAUUAAUGUAUAAUAUUGUUUAGGUUCGAAGACAAAUUAUCUGAACUCAGAUAUGGAAGGGUCACUGUCCAAGUGGACAAACGUUGUCCAAGGAUGGCAAUACAGGUAUUUUGUGCUUAAUGAAGACUCUUUGUCUUAUUAUACAAGUCGGGAAAAGAUGAUUCGAGGCCAACAACGCGGAUGUAUCAGAUUGAACGGUGCUACGAUCGGCAUAGACGGUGAAAAUUCUGCUUUGUUUACAAUUUCCGUCGAUGGAAAGGUCUUUCAUUUACAAGUAAGUUUAUUUAUCUAUGAGUGUUUUUUAUAUUUAGGUAUAAGUUAACAUUAAUAUUUGUGAUCUGAAUUUUUUACAAUUGUUUAUGCUUUAAUAAGAAUACUAUUUAUUUUCUUUAAAAUUUAGAAAUGUGUUUACAUAAAUAUGGUUAGAAUUAAAUUAUUCUGAAUCUUAAGCUUUGAAUGAAAGUAAAGUGCUUUUUUGCAUUAUAAUAAAUAUUGUUUUUAGGGUAAAGACAUGAAAGAACGUGAUAUGUGGGUGAAGGAAUUAGAGCGAGUUAUUCACAUGAAAUCGGGCAUUUACAAACCACGGCCUGGAGAUCAGAUUUUAGACUUGAACAACAGGGUUAAGCUUGCUGAAAGACAGCUAACAGACCUUUUGGACAUUGUAAGUUUUUAAUAUAUUUGGGAUAUUAUGAAGUUUUUAAAAUUUUGGAAGUCAAAUGGUGUAAGACAAAUUUAACUUUGACUUUUUUUAAAAUAUAUUUUUAUGUAGCUUUGGGUAAUUUUAGGUUCAAAAGCUUGAAACCUUAAAUACGCAAUCGGAAAAAGCCGAAGAGAAACGAAAACGAUAUUUAAACGAAGUGUUAUUGACGACAAGAAGGCUUCAGAACACUGUCGAGCAUUCUCAAAUCAUUUUAAAGCAAGUCCAACAAAAAUUUCAUCCACUGGGCGGUGAAGGUCAAAACGGGCACAAUGCCGAAGUAAAACCUUUGCAACACAAUGGAGAUCACGAAGAGGAGGUAGGAUUUUUUCAUUAUUGACUUUUAAAAUUAGUUUUGGAAAUUUGUUAAUAUUCUAAAGAUAGCUGAAAGAAAAAUACAGCCAGUAGUUAGAGCAGAAUGAUAUAUGAUAUUGUCACAUAAAUUAUUCAAUAUCAUGUGAAACGUAGCGGAAAGUGGCAAAGGAGGAAGUGUGCUAACAUCUGUAAUUUUUUAUUGUUCGAAUUAAUGCAAUAUUGUCUGUGUUAAUGAUGUAGAUGUAAAGAGAGGAACAUAUCAAGAGCUUUGAACUAAAAAAAUGUGUUACUUAGUUUGUUUAACGCUUUAAUUUCUAACUGCCGUUUUUUAACACGGACAGGAAAGCUGGUUAUGAUCAUGCCAGUUACCGUGCAUACUCGUACAAACGCAUUUUCUUAGUUUGUAAAGUGACAAAAAUGGUGAAAUAACUGUUUUUCUCGCGAUGUAAUCAACAACCUCAGAGUUGUGUUUCCAUUUUUUUGUUUCUUUAUCUUGCCUUCAGAUCGCCGUUGGCUUCGUAAUGAGCUUUUUCUUAAUGUUGAACGCUGGUGCGCAUCGUUUUUUGAUUUUCGGUUUUUUCUAAUGAUUUUUUUGAUAAUUUUUUGGGAAAAAUUGAUUUUUAAGCUUAUUCAUAGAGAGAUAUUUAGGCCUAUGUACUAUAUUUAGGCUAAGGUACAUAAUUGUAGGUUUAAAUGAGGUAUUUUGGAUUGAGUACAGAGAUUAGGCAUACGUAAGAUGUUUAGCCUUAGGCACGGAGAAUUAGGUUUACUUAAAAUCUUUAGGUUUACGUAAAAUCUUUAGGCUUAUGUAGAGCAAUUUAGGCUUUGUGAAUUUGCUUAACUUUACUGGACGUAUAUGUUAACAAGAAAACAAAAAGUUAAAUGCGUUUUACAACUAUAUAAUGCACUUGAUUUGUUGUAAAUAUUACAGUAAAUGAAAGUAAAGAGCGAACAAACUGUUCGUGAAUAGGGUUGCGUGACCAUUCAUUCGAUUUGUUAAGGUUCGAAGUGGAAUGAGGAGGUUUGGAGCGCGAUUUGAUUAGGUUCUACACACAGGUUCCUGCUUCGUAUUUUUGUAAAUGGAUAUGUAUUAUAGAAAUGAAAAAGGGGCCGGACCUGAAAAUUGUCUCGGUUUUUAGAUCAUAUCUAGUUUGUUAUUUUCAAUUAGGAACUUACGUUUAUUGUUUUUUUUGUUUUUAACAAUAUUUCGUAGUUUUUUGAGUUAUUACGGCUUGUUUAAACGAACUUAAAAAUAUAGCAUUUUAAUGAUGGCAUCGUUUUAUGGUGGUAUUAAGACUUAAGGGAGAAGACUGCUCUUCAAACAAUGCUUUCAAUUACAACAAGAACGUUUGCUUCUGGGACUUUUUUUUGCUCUUCAAGUAAAAUUAAAGCUUAUAUAGUGGUGUAGCGCACUUUUUGUCGCAGAAUUGACAAUAAAAACGAAUUUUUUAAAUAUAAAAACGCAUGAUUAUAUUCAUUAAGGGGCGACAAAUUAAAAUUUACUAAGAAUUGACACGAAUUCCAGCGCAUGCCUUUUGAGUUGUGUCGGAAAUGUGACGUGAAAGAAAUGUUGCACUCCUUGUCGAAUCUGUUUUUUUAUAAAUUUGCAAUUUUCUCAUGUCCUUAAGGACUAAAGGCUAAAACAGGAGAAGAUUCACCAUUUUAAAAGGUUUUUGAAACGUACCGUUGGAGAGGGGGGGGGGAGGAAUUUAUAUUAUGUUGCUUUGAAAAGUGAAUUCUUCAAACGGUUAAUUAUUGAGGUAUUUUUAAUUAUAUUAUUAGACUCAUAAAAUUUUUAAGUUUUGUGUAGUAUUUUUAUUUGAACCUCUAAAUGAUGCGAGCAUCAAGAAAGUCAAAUUGGGUACAGUUUGCUCCAUUGUUUUUCAUGUGCAAGCAUGAUUGAGUUCUGCGUGUCUGUUUGGUUUCUAGACAUGUGAUAAUCUUCUUGUUUCUUUAUGUUUGAGGACGUUGAACUCGCCGGAAAACUUUUUGAAUGGUUUAGAGGGUCAUUUAUAGUUGUCAACUGUUUUUUUUAUUAUUUCUAAUAUUUGUUUUUUUUUUUUUAAAUUUUACAUGGAAUUUUUGUUAUUUUUUAAAAAAGUUUUUGGUUAAUACGCUAAGAAUUUAUGUUAUGAUAUAACACAUUGAUGCUAUCUUGGAUUAUAAAGAGACCGUGAGAUUGAUGUCUAUUGUGAAAACAAUUCAGAAUUUUUAAAGCUUUUUGCAUUAUCUUAAUGUAAAAGUUGAGCUUUGUCGUAUUUAUUGGUGUCAUUCAAAAAGCAUGACGAACAACUUUUUAAGUAGACCUUGCAAACGUUUUCGUCAAGCCAAUUUUUUGAAACCAAUCCCCACAGGGUCUCGAAACGUGUAUUUUCUUCGUUUUGGCAUUUUGAAUUAAAACUCGGGAUUUAUUUAUUUUCGGAUCGAAUUUCAACAUGUCUAAUGAAAGUUGAAUGUGUUUAUUUAUAUUUCUGAUAGUGUAGUCAUCGGCGGCAAAAAUAUUUAUAUGCUUGGUCGAAUUUUGGCACUUAGUUUUUUAUAUAGACAUUGACAUCUACGUUUGACAUCUUAUGAUUUUAUUUUGAUACCUUGAUAUUCAAGUUGACUAUGUGGACUGCUUGCGCAAAGCUUCGUCAUUGGUUUUGUAACAUUUGUUUUGUUAAAAUUUUGAAAAUGGAAAAAGUAAAUUUCUGAAAACUUGAUUUUCCAUAAUUUACUGGUUGUUUUUUACUGUUUUGUACUGACUUUACUGGUUGUAAGAUAUUUCUAAGUUUUACGUUUCUUGUAUUAUGAGAAUUGACAAAACUAGAGAUAUGCGACACAUCCUUAAAAAAAUUUUUAUCGUACUUUUAAUAAAUUUUUUUGAAAAAUUUAUUUGGUUGUGAGGUUUUUGAUGACUUUUAGACGUUUUUUAAUGGUGACAAAUAUCCUAUGUUUUAAUUUUUGUUGUUUCAGCCUCCGGUUUUGCCACCGCAAAUUACCUACUCAAGCAGCGAAGACGACGAGUUUUUUGACGCGACUUCAGGCGGCUACGCCGAUUCUGACGAAGACACAGACGUUGAGGACGACUGCUCGGACUGCACUGAGACAGACCAAGUCUCCACUCAACCGUCGUCGGCCUUUCCUACACAGGAAGCCGCUCCAUCGUUGAAUCCACUCAAAAGUUCGCGACAUCAUCACGGGCAUCACAAGAACCGUCGACACUACAAACAAAGUGUCAAGAGUGUGGCCGACCAAGGAGGCAAAGGCGAAGAUAUGGGUGGAAAUGAGAACCGCAACCCCAGAAGUCGCCGUUCCUCAUCAGUGUCGCGAAAGUUGGUUGUGAAGACUUCGGACGAACCUGACUGGGGAGAUGACAAUGAGGAUUUCGACGCCAUAUAUGAAAAUACGGACGAAUCUGAGUUAGGCAAUGUUCAACAGCAGCAUGGAAGUGUACUGAUGCAUCUUUUGAGCCAGGUAUGAAAGUUUUUUUUUAUUAGUUUAGACGUUGUAUAUUAUUAUGUUAUGUGAAAACUUUUGCUUGUUUAUUUUAUUUUUGCUAAAUUUUAGGUCAGCGUGGGCAUGGAUUUGACAAAAGUUACGCUUCCUACUUUUAUCUUGGAGCGUCGGUCUCUUUUAGAGAUGUACGCCGACUUUUUCACUCACCCAGAAGACUUUGUCCGUAGCUCAGAUAUCAAUACGCCAGAAGAACGUUUUGUGGCUGUCGUACGUUACUACUUGAACGCUUUUUACCCUGCACGGAAGUCGGGAGUCGCCAAAAAGCCCUACAAUCCGAUUCUGGGAGAAACAUUCCGAUGCCGAUGGACGGUGCCAGGCCAACCGAACUCGGGUCAUAAAACUAAGGCUGGACCCUUUCCGGGCAGCGACGCGAAUCAAGUCACUUUUAUCGCGGAACAAGUGUCACAUCAUCCUCCAAUCUCGGCAUUCUAUGCUGAACAUCCAGGAAAGAAGAUUUCAUUGAAUGCUCAUAUUUGGACGAAAAGUUCAUUCUUGGGGUUGUCGAUUGGUAAGGAGAUAAAAAUUUUUUAAUUGUUGUUUUUUGUGUAUUGUUUAUUUCUAUUUUUUAGUUUUUAAAGGUGCUUAACUAUUUUUUAAAUUUGUUGUUAAAUGUAUUUAUUUUUUCUUUUCAGGUGUUGCUAACAUUGGGCACGCUACCGUAACACUACACGAAUAUGACGAACAGUAUGUGGUAACGUUCCCCAAUGGCUACGGUCGCUCAAUUAUGGGUACACCGUGGGUCGAGCUUGGUGGAAAGGUGGAAGUGCGAUGCGAGAAGACCGGCUUCCACGCUGAGAUCGACUUUCUUACAAAGCCCAUCUUUGGUGGAAAACCGCACAGAAUUUCGGGUAACCUUUACAAGCACGGAAUGAAGAAGCCUUUUAUGACCUUACGCGGAGAAUGGAACGGUUUGAUGUACGCAAAACGCAGUGGAGGCGAAGAAACCUUGUUCAUCGAUGUGAAAGCCAAAGCUGAGGUGAAAAAGGUAACAAUUUUUAAAACUAUUCAAAUUUUUUUUACGAUUGAAAAUAGAGAGCUACCUGUUUUUUUAAUUUUAUGUUUAAAUUUAAAAAUCACAGAAAACUUUUAAUUUUCUAUAAAUACAUUUUGUUUUUCAGGAAUGUGAAGCAAUCAGCUCACAAGGCGAUCGUGAAAGUCGUCGUCUAUGGCGGCACGUUACAGCUGCGUUGUUCCGUAACAAGAUCAACAUUGCUUCGAACGGAAAGCGCUGGAUCGAACAACGUCAACGUGACGAAGCCAAGGAACGACAGGAAAAGGGUAUCGAGCACAAACAGAAGUACUUCCAGAAGGUCGGCGAAGACUCAUGGGCCUACCAAGAGCCAUUAGGGAGCAGAUCUGCUGUCUGA